AUGGCUGUUGCCAAGGAUCUGGAGGGAACUUUCAGUGUUCAGCUGCUUCCAGGUCAUCCCCAGUUUAUGGCAGGAUUUUGUUCACAAUCCAGAAAUGCGGCCACGAUCUGCGAUCCCACAUGGCAGAAGAUGCCUGCAGCCCCACAGCAGCCAGCAGAUCCAUUCCAUCAGUCUCCCAAAGGCUUAUCUGCAGACAAUGUACCAUCACCCACUGCUGCACCAGAACUGUACAUCCCAGAGCCUACUGGCGUGAACCGAACUUCAGGAGUCGCAGUGGCUGAACAACUGUUCUUAGCAAUUUACACUGUGGAGUUCAUAGCAAAGAUUUAUGUCGACCCAAUCAGAUACUGGAAGACUGCUUUCAAUGUAUUGGACUUCAUUGUGCUGCUGUUAUCUUAUAUUCAGCGCAUCUUCAUUCUUAAAAAUAUGCACUUUAUGCCCUGGUUUCAUGUAGUGCGGCCCCUUAGAAUACUCAGGGCGAUCUCGCUUAUCCGUGGCUUGCAGGUUCUGUUUGGUGCCUUGGUGAGGACGCUUAAAAGUGUCGUUUUUGUCCUGUUCCUCCUCUUCCUGCUGAUGACUGUGUUUGCACUAAUUGGAUAUAAUUUCUAUGGAGAUUCAAAAAAUGGUGAUUAAAACUGGGGUAGCCUUAAAUCUGCAUACUUCACACUCUUCAGUUUAGUGACGUUGGAUGGCUGGACUGAUCUUCAGGCUGAAACGGAUCAAUUUGGUUUCCAGUCUAGUCGACUUUUCAUCAUGGGUUUCAUUUUGCUGGGAUGCUUUCUCUUCUUCAACCUCUUCAUUGGAGUUAUCAUUAUAAAUAUUCGUGAAACGACUAGAGAGUUUAAUAAAGGGAUCCAAGCUGAAAGAGAAACAACUUUGAUGGAAAAGAAACAAGCUAUAUUACAAAGGCAGCAAACUCAUAUCACGGAGAUAAUGGAGAAACAGAAAACUAGUCAAUUUGAAAGCUUCAGUGAAAUGAUUGAGAAGUUCAGACAGACCCUACGUCAUGAUGAUUUUGUUAUGUUGGAUGAUAUAUGUUCAAGCCUGUCAUUCAUAGAUAUUUACCUCUCAAGCCUUGAUGAACAGGACAAUACGUUGUACAAAUUACAACAACUUUACUUUGAAAUAUCAUAUGUUCUGGGCAACAUGUUGGAAGCUGAACGUCAACAAACUGAAAAGAAGGACUCAGAAGCAAAUAUACCUCCAUUGGAAAUGAACUGA